AUGCUUCACAGUGAUAUCGAUGGUCAAAUCGAGGGAUGCAAAGAGAGAAUCAGAGAAAAUAUAAGACCCUAUAUUUUUGAACACAAACCAGAGGCGUAUAAAAAAUCAAAGCAGCAUUUUAAAGCGCGUACCGUCGAAGUUGCCUCACGGUUACAGACGCUCGGAGAAAUAAAGACGAGGAUAGAGAGGAGCGGCAAUGACGAAUAUAAGCAACUACCAAAUGUCAGAUCUCUCAUUUAUGCGUAUGAGAAUAAUUACUUGGAUUGGAAUGAGAACUUGGUCACGUAUUGGUCCAAGGGUCAACCGCAUUUUACGCCCAGACCGGUUGACUGGGAGGAGUUUGAAGUCAUCAAUAAAGCUAAUGAUGGUCAAGAAUCAUUUUUGGUUGAGGGACAUAUCCUUCUCAGAGAACACAAACUGCUUCCCCUGGCGGGGAUUGGGUUGGUUAUGGGUGCCACUGGCUCUACUGUGAUCAACUAUUGCGAGCUGGAAGCCACACUCCUGGAUUCCUGGGGGCGCAGAAUGACGCCAUGGACGAGAGUCAUGGCCGUAUGCGAGCCCGGCGACUGGUUCCCUUCCGGAUCUGUUCCCAGAUUAGAUGAUCCGUUUACUAGAUUGAUGUUGUACACUGCUUCUGCGCCUGAUAGUUCUAGCAACAUGUAUGUUUGCCAUAAAAAGGGCCCAUUGGUGAACAAAUGGUAUACCGGCUGUAGAUCUUCUCCGAAACCCGGCGCGUAUGUCCAAGCGCAUUCCAAACCAAUAUCAAAUGACUCCGGCAGCUCCGGGUUUAACGAUACCUCCCACAGCACCUCCAAUCCUUGA